ACAGGCUGGAGUGAGCGGAGCGGCAACGGCGGCGGCGCCGUCCCGCACGCGCGCGGCGGCGGCUCCCUCCCAACCUCCCCCUCCCCUCCCCUCACUCCCCUUCCCCUUUCCCCCCCCAGCCAGGAAAACGCGAGCCGUCGCCGCGCUCCCUAAACCGCCGCCUGCCUUCGGCCAACCGCCCCCAACGGCCGUCCCCUCGCUCCUCCCCUUGGGCUCCUCCGAGCGCCACGGGCGCUUUCCUCCGUCCGCUUCGCACUCUCCCGCCUCGCGGGCACGUUGCCGCUGUGUGCCGCCAUGCCCCAGCCGCGGGCUGUUCACGGGCCUAGGCGCGGCGGCCCGAGAUAGGGUCCCCUCAGCCUCCCGGGGGAGGAGAGAGGCCGCGAGCCGCGCGCUCCGCCCCCUCCCCCUGGGCUGUCGCCGCCGCCGCCGCCGCCACCGCCACCUCGCCGCCUCAGCCUGGCGGGGAGGAGGAGGAGGAGCGCCAGGCCUCCGGUCCCCCGCGCCGCCGCCCGCAGGUCAUUUCUGAUUCAUUUGCAUCCUUGAAGAGCAUCUGUAGAAGAGGAAGGAAAAGAUGGGUGUGAAAACAUUUACUCAUAGUUCUUCUUCUCACAGCCAGGAAAUGCUUGGGAAACUAAAUAUGCUGCGAAAUGAUGGACAUUUUUGUGAUAUCACUAUUCGUGUCCAGGACAAAAUCUUCCGGGCACAUAAGGUGGUACUAGCAGCUUGCAGUGAUUUUUUUCGCACCAAACUUGUAGGCCAAGCAGAGGAUGAGAACAAAAAUGUGUUGGAUUUGCAUCAUGUUACAGUAACUGGUUUUAUACCCCUUCUAGAAUAUGCUUACACAGCCACUCUGUCAAUUAACACAGAAAAUAUCAUUGAUGUUCUUGCUGCAGCCAGCUAUAUGCAGAUGUUUAGUGUUGCAAGCACCUGCUCAGAGUUCAUGAAAUCAAGCAUUUUAUGGAAUACACCCAACAGCCAACCAGAAAAGGGUCUAGAUGCUGGACAAGAGAAUAACUCUAACUGCAAUUUUACUUCUCGAGAUGGAAGCCUUUCACCAGUAUCUUCAGAGUGCAGUGUGGUAGAAAGAACCAUUCCUGUUUGCCGAGAAUCCCGGAGAAAGCGCAAAAGCUACAUUGUUAUGUCUCCUGAAAGUCCUGUAAAGUGUAGCACACAAACAAGUUCUCCCCAGGUAUUGAAUUCUUCAGCUUCCUACUCAGAAAACCGAAAUCAACCUGUUGACUCUUCUUUAGCUUUCCCCUGGACUUUUCCUUUCGGAAUUGAUCGAAGGAUUCAGCCUGAUAAGGUGAAACAGGCAGAAAAUACCCGGACUUUAGAAUUACCUGGCCCAUCUGAGACAGACAGAAGAAUGGCUGAUUUUGUGACUUGUGAAAGCACAAAAACUACCUUGCCUCUGGGUACUGAAGAAGAUGUCCAGGUCAAAGUAGAAAGGUUAAGUGAUGAGGAGGUUCAUGAGGAAGUAUCCCAGCCUGUCAGUGCAUCUCAGAGUUCACUGAGUGAUCAGCAGACAGUGCCAGGAAGUGAACAAGUCCAAGAGGACCUUCUGAUUAGUCCACAGUCUUCCUCUAUAGGCUCAGUAGACGAAGGCGUCACUGAAGGGUUACCUACACUUCAAAGCUCUUCUAGCACUAAUGUUCAUGCAGACGAUGAUGAUCGAUUGGAAAAUGUUCAGUAUCCCUACCAACUCUACAUUGCUCCUUCUACCAGCAGUACAGAACGACCAAGUCCAAAUGGUCCAGACAGACCUUUUCAGUGUCCAACUUGUGGGGUGCGAUUCACCCGUAUUCAGAACCUAAAACAGCACAUGCUCAUCCACUCAGGAAUUAAACCAUUUCAGUGUGACCGCUGUGGAAAAAAGUUCACCAGGGCUUACUCGCUAAAGAUGCAUCGCCUAAAGCAUGAAGGUAAACGCUGUUUCCGGUGCCAGAUAUGUAGUGCCACUUUCACUUCCUUCGGGGAAUAUAAACACCACAUGAGGGUUUCCCGGCACAUUAUCCGCAAGCCUCGGAUUUACGAGUGCAAAACAUGUGGCGCCAUGUUCACCAACUCUGGAAAUUUAAUCGUGCACCUGAGGAGUCUGAACCAUGAAGCGUCAGAGCUAGCAAACUACUUCCAGAGCAGUGAUUUCCUAGUACCGGACUACUUAAACCACGAGCAAGAAGAGACCCUUGUUCAGUAUGAUCUUGGAGAACACAGUUUUGAAAGCAACUCCUCUGUUCAAAUGCCUGUAAUUUCACAGGUCUCCUCAACCCAGAAUUGUGAGAGCACUUUUCCCUUGGGGUCUCUUGGUGGGCUGGCAGAAAAGGAGGAAGAAAUGCCAGAGCAGCCAAAGACCAGUGCUUGUGCCGAGGCAACCAGAGAUGAUCCCCCCAAAUCAGAGCUGUCUUCUAUAACUAUUGAGUAAUUUCAUGGUUUGGCUUCAUUUUGGUUUUUGGAAAGUGCCUGUGCUUGGUCUUGUACCUUUAAAUUUACUUUUUUAAACAAAAAAGGGUUUGGGAAAGAAUUUCCCUUCCUACUUUGUAAACCCUUCAAAUGAUGUGUAUUUUUUCAUAAUUGGGAGAUUGCUUCUGUAAGUGCACAGUAACAUGAUGUCAAAACAUGAUACAAACUAUGAUAUUUAAGGUGAAUCAGUUGACUGAAAACAUACAUCAGUUUCUUCUUCCAUUUUCAAAAGUAGGCUAACAAAGGAUUAUUAGGUAAAGAAGAAAUCAGAUGAACAAUGACCUUGCUGAGAUGAAAGUGUACACCAGAAACAAAGUACGAAAAAGAAUUUGACAGGUGGCCUGAGCAGAUGUUUACUCCUAUACACCGGACAUUGUACAAUAUUUGUAAAGCCUGUUGUUUUGGAAGUGUUGAUGAUAAGCUUUCUUAAGAAUUAUUAGGGUAAAUACUUCUGAAAUCCAAUAUUCUUUUUUUUAAGCUUUGUCAUUUCUAUUCUGAUUUUUCAUGGUACAAAUUUGAUACUGGGAUAGGUAUUCCCUGUACCUUUAUAUUACCAGUCCCCCCAAAAAUCUUAUCUUUCUUCCUCAAAAGAAGGCAAAGAACCAUGAUGAGAAUAGUCAAGCUAUGCAUGAAAUGACUGGGCAUGGAGAAUGUAGUAUGUAAAUCCCAGUUUCAUAGGAACUCUUUAAUACUGCUUUGCUGGCUAGAAUUGUUGUUUACCUGGUCUUUGAAUGUUAAUCUCUGAUUAAUAUUAGGUCUUCUACCUAAAUCAGUUUUCCUCUUGCCCCAUCAACACCACUUGCUCCUGCACAUACAGCUGUGAUACUAUAUAAAGGAAAAAUAUUGGAGAUAGCCUAUAUUUUAUAUGUAGGUGUAUGAAUUGUUGGGGAUGUUUUUUAUUGUGUUGUUUUGGACAACGAAGAAUUCUGUUAAGGCUACGUUCUUAACCCAGCUAAGAUUGUUUACAGAAAUCCCACGUGGCAGUGAUACAUUGUCCUUGUUCCAAAAUAUUUUUAGACAUUGCCAAGUUUAUUAAAAUCAGUUAGUGUAGUUUUUACACAAUAUAAGCAAUAAUGUAAAAGGUGAGAAAAGGCUAUAAAAUAAUAGUCUGUGAAUGAUGGUCAUAAAUCUGGGGAGGAAAGUUGUUAAGACUAAAGAAAAACUAAAGAUCUUAGUAUCACUUCUUUUGCUGCUAAAAGAUAGGAAACUCUCUGAUUAAUAGUUGAUUCAUAUGAUACUCUAGACUGGAGUAUCCUUUUCACAUGGCACCAUUUAAAGUAUCAUUUAUACCUUGAUGAUCCUAAAUAUUUAUGAGUUCAUGAACAAUGAACUUUUGAGUAACUCUUUUUCUAUGUAUAUACCCAAAGUUUAAUAAUUAUGAAAGCACCUGAUUAGAUCAGAAAAUAAAAUAAAAUAUAGUUUCUUAUUCAACACAUGAGAUCUGAAUUUUGUCCAGAUGGUAGACCUUAAUAAUAAAAUGUAUUUUUAAGUUUUAAUGAUUUAAUUGUUUUAUUUUUUUUUUAAUCUGCUACUUCUGUUAUUUAUCCCCCACAAAUGUAAAGGAAGAGAAAGCAAACUCAUCCAAGAUUUUUUUAGGCCAAUUUUCUUUCAGUCCCUUUCCACAGUCCACUGUUUUUAACUUGUUUCCAACUCCUUAUCUCACUCAUAAACUGUUUACCACUUUGCUCUCAAUCGUAUGUGUAUGACCUCCAGGAAAGUCAACAUAUACAGGUUAUGAUGGGCUUCCCACAAUUUAUACUUCUUUACUACUGGGGUUGAAUUACUUUCUGCAACAGACUGGUAGUAACAGUACUGCUGUGUCUCAAUUGGUCUGGAAUUUUUAUUUUUAAUGUCAUACAUUAGAAAACUGCUACGCCUACCACUAGAUAAAUGUCAAAGUUAAUUUUCAAAUCUUAAAUGGACAAGACAAAGAAUAGGUAAAAUUAUGACCAGCAGUUGUUGCCCUCAGUUAGUUCUAAGAGUUAUUUUUAAAAGAAAGAAAAAGAAGGAAAGAAAUAGGUUAAAGAAACAUAUUAGAAUCCUUUGGGGAUUUGUCGGUUGAAAGAGUUCCAGCACAUCUGGCCGAAGCACUCAACCAAGGACGGCCCUGCGCAGUGCAGGCUGCCCCGGGCUGUGCCGUGUUCUCAGGAGGCGGGAAGGCCACCUCUGGCUGCUCUCCCCCAGAGGGAAACUUGAGAUUUUCAUUGGUAAUUACAAAUUGCACAGAUUUCCAAGUUUUAUGAAAAAUUUAAAUACAGUACUAUGAAAAUAUGUACUUGGUUACAUGUCUACUCCCCAAAUCUUAGCAAUAUGGUUAAUUAGCAUUUAACAUAAAACGAUGUAAACAAAGGCCCUCUUUUCUCUAUUUCAUGGAGGCUCUGCAUUUUUCUUGAUACACAGCUUAGUGAUAUUUAUUUAGCUCAUGGAUCCUUUUAGGAAACUAAGCUGCAAGAGAUAAUUGUAUAUAGAGUUAAUUAGGUUUAUCUAAAAUUCGUUUAAUUAAGGGGUGUUUGGAUAUGUAAUUUUUACCAGAAUAUAUGGAAAACAUUGCAAAUAGAAGAGAGCCAAUUACAUUAUCUCAUUCAUUAGAAACUAUAACUUAACAUUAAAAAUUCCAGUUCAGAACACUUAAGCAUAGCUGUCUUAAGGCCCAAGAGGGUAACCGUGAUAUUUAAAGGGCUUAAAUUUUAGGAUGCGGGAUAAAUUGCCUUUUUAAAACCAAGUAUUUUAUACAAGAAAAUCAUUUAUUUUCCAUUUCUAAGCUACCAAAUAGGUGUGCUGCACUUGAGAAGGGAGCGAAGAUGUGUGCUGUGGUGCUGGACGCCCCAGCGCCUGCGGCCCCGGCCGUCCGUGCGGCGUGUUCGUCCCAACAGCAGGUGCAUCUGGUUCAGAAGCAAAGGGAUUCGUGUCGAUGGGGUUUUUUGAAUUGUAAGUUUUCUGUAAAGGAAAGCAAAUGGAGUUACCCACAAAUACAUUUAAAUGGAUUUUUCUUCAUUUGAAUUUCAAGUAAUCUUAAUUUUUAUUUCAAGUAAUUAGUCAUACAUUUAGUUACAUUGCCAGUUUUUGAAGCUCUUGAUUUCAGUGAGGCAAAGUAUACUAAAAUGUGGCCUCAUUCAGUCUCACGUUUUUAGCAUUUCAGCAACCAUUCUGGCUUACAAUAAUUUAAUUCCAUGUUAUGACAUAUGCCCUUCAACUUUAAAAACAAACAAAACAACUUCCAUUUGCUAAAGUAUUUUACCAAAUGGAAUGGCCUAGUCAGCACAUCUAAUGUACUUACUAUUGGUAACAUUGUUACCUUCUAACUACUGAGCCCGUCUCUCCCGGUGUAUAUAAAUGGUUCCCUGGGAGCCUUUGAACGCUGCAUCACUCUUUUCAGUAUUUUCUUUUAUCUCUUACUAUUUUUUUAUUCUUGUAUUUAUCUUAAUUUGAAUAGAGGCCAAAUAUCUAGUUUAGUGGCUUUUAUUUUAAAGAUUCUCAGAUCAUGCUUUAGUAGUCCCUUUUAGCUUUGUAGCCCCUGAAAAAUGCAUUAUUGUAUGGUGAUUUGUACUAGCGUACAACAUGGAGAGAAUUAUUCUUAUUACUUGAUGAAUGAACAAUCCUAAAAUUCUAAUAUUUAAUUGAAAGGAGUUUGAAAUUUGAAGAAUUAAUGAAGAGAAUUAGAAACUUUCAUGCAGCACUUAACUCUGUUUUCACUCACCUGCAAAAUGUGAAAUUAUAACUCUGAAACAUACAUCCAAGUGAGGGGUAAUAGUUUUCUAGAUGUUAAUAUUAACGGGGGUUGGGGGGGACACAUUAAGUUCUCUUGGAAAGGACCCAAAGUUGCUAAAAGGUAGUAAAUGUGGUUUUUUUGCUAUAAAGUUAUUGAUAUAAGAUGCUUUAUAAUAUAUUUAGAUUUUGAAAGUUACCGAGAGACAUCUAUGAGGAAUAUUUAUAGCUAAGCAUAGUCCUACAGUCUUUGAAUUAAAAUCAUCAAAAUUUAAAUUGAGUAAUUCCUUAUUUUUCCUAUACCUAUUUUUAUCUUUCAAUUGCUUGAUGGGAUGUAGUAACAAUAGGAAGUCCUCGGCAAGACCAGUUUGCAAAAAGCAAUAGUGGUUCACAUUAAACAAUGAAGUAAAAUUGAAUCAAUUUCCAAGUUCAGCUUAGAAACAGACACUGUGGAUAUUUCAUUUUUAGAUUAUAUGUAUGUUGAGAUUUAUGAAUGGAAAGUUAAAUCUGUCAAAUUAGGGAUGAAAACUGGUGACAUCAUAGUUGUAAUUUUUUUUUUUACUUCAUACUAAACUAUAGUUAGAUAUUUUCACUCUUUCAUAGUGAUUAUACUUUUAUGAUAGAAAAAAAAUAACAGACCCAUGUCUUUAUGUCCUUACAAAUAGUCUCUGCACAAAUGUAAGACAGUGUUGUUGGCAUCUCAUUUUGGUGGCAUCUGAAAAAUGAGGCUGCGUUGACAUGUUCGUGUAGUUUAUAGUUCUGCAGCUCCCUCUGUCUAGGACCCCGGGCAGCUCCAACUAAUACCAAGGUUCCUGUUUACAUAGUAGUUUACAAAGAGCUUAAAGAGUUCAGGCCAUUGAUAGAAAACAAAAACUUUAAAAAAAAAUUUUUUUAACUCAUUAUUUUAAUUUCAGUUUGAAGUGCCUGGUUUAUAAAAUCAAUUUUUUUUAUUAUUACCUUUCUCUUUUCAGAAAUUAAAUAAUUUUUCUGAUUAAGCUUAAAGCCCUGGGCUCAGUUGUGAUGAUGUAACGUUGAUAAAAGUUCUCCUUGAUGGUUUGAGGGGCAGCAGUUUCAUAACUUUGUUCGGUUGUCCUUGUUUUCCCAAAUGCCAUCUAACCAUCCUCAGAUUUCAUUAUUCAAUUCAGUUAAAAAGAACAUUCUUCCUGUCCCUGAAUGUUUAAGUUACCAAAGUACAUCACCCACCCAGGGAGGCCGUAUCUUCCUGCUGUAGGGGGGCCGUCAUCUCCCAGCACCGUGAGUCCCUUGGUAUUAGUGGAGGCUGUUCAUUUAAAGAUGGGGAGCCUUUUGUGCAGCUCCUAGAAACACGUCUUUCUAGAGAGAACCUUUUCUGUGGUCGGACUGUGUUUUCCAGUUCUCUGUUGACUCCCCCACUGACAGGUGCUGUGUGGAGUCUCACGCUGAGGGCAGCGGGGGCGGUGUGGGAAGUUGCACUGCUUUUCAUCUUUCAGGUGCCUGGAAUGAACACCAUCACAUGUUUGGAAGGCGUCAGAUCAUUAAACUUUAUUCAUUUUCUUCCUUGUACAAAGAGAUGGCUUCAAAUGCCUCUGCUUCAAGAUAUUUUUGAAACACAACAGUCCCUAAAAGGGUAAACUUUGGUUUCAAACCAAGCCCCAAUAGUAGAGUUGGUGUUUCUGUGGUUACUGGUGCUCCCGCACCAGGGGAAGAUUGCCUGCCUCUCACAGGGCCCCCGAAUGGCACCUUAUCUGUCUGCGUGGAGGGUAGUAUGUGGCUGCUGUGUGCCUCUACUAUCUUUUCAAAAGCCAUUUUAUAAAAAUCCUAUGUAGCCUAUUUUAAUAUUUAAAUAUAUAUAUUUGUGAGAGAUACUUUUAGAACAGACUUUUACUUUAAAAUUCCUGUAUUCCCAUUUUUAAAAGUAAAUUUAAACCUUCCAGGAUUAGGACAUGUCUUUUUCCACAGCAACAAAAUGAGAAAGUCAGAUUGAGAUAAUACACCAUAACUCAGUCAUAGAAGAAAUUGAUGUCUGGUUAAAGGAGACAGAUGUGAAGGAGAAAAAAAUGUUUUGAUGUAACAGAAGUGAAUUUUUAAAUAAAGUUGGUUUUGUUUCUGUAAUAUUUGCUGCUACCUUAGCUCAGUAUGUUACAGAGCUAACAUAUAAAUCUGGCUCCAUUUAAAAACUGGAGUACUUUCUAGUACAACCAGCCUAAGAGGAAACUGCACCACAGUCUUCCGGAUGGGUGACUGCUUUAUUUAGCUGAUGCAUGCUUUAAUAUUUGCCUGUAGCCCAGCAUCAAGGAGAUGUGGGGAAACUUGCUAGUCACAGCAUUGUGAUUCUUCUGGGGCACUGGCAUUUUGUGAAACCCUUGGGGGAGGCUAACACUGAGGAGGAAAUGUAAAUUAAAUUAUGUAGAUGGGUGUUUCUAUGUCUUCUACCCCUCUCCCAGAACCAGUACAGCUCUCCUGACUGUACCAGCCCCCAGUUCACCAGCUUUGUAUCCAGUUGUCAUCUCAUUCAAGUAUGGCUUUACUUGGUGACAGUGGCCAUAGCUAAGUUACUUGGCAUGUUUGACUUUCAACAAUAACAAAAAUGGUUUUGGAUUUUGCUUUAUUUCCUAAAAAUGUACACAAUGUCAGAACUUUACAUUUUGUAUACUAGUAUCUGGCUAUUAGUAUUUUACAGGAACCAUAGUUCUUGGUGACUACAUAUAUAUAUUUUUGUGACUUUUUGUAAACUAAGUGCCGUUUGAACGUUACAAUCAUUUUUAGAGUUAUUGUAAUCGAUGUGAAUAUUAUGUUUUUUCAAAUCUGUUCUGAGCCUAUAGUGUUUGCUUUGUGCACAUACGUGUAUUGUAUAUAUUCUGUAUAGUUACAUUGUACUGAAAUAUUAGCUUGUUUGAUAUAAGGAAAGUAUGUAUUGAGUACCUUUUUGCUAGCCUGGUUGUUUAAUCUUUUUAAAAAAGGUUUAAACUUUUUAAAAAAAAAAUCUUUAAACUGGCCUUUAUUACAUGGUCACAAAUAAAGUUAAAGUUAGAAGGGAUGGGCAGGGAAAAACUAGUUUUGAGUGUCUGAAUAGAAACAUAAGACUAAGCUAUGGGUUUUUUCCUCAUUAAAAUAUCUUUAAUGCUUUAUGGAGUAAAA